GGGAGAGAUUAUAGAUAGCUGGUGAGAUGAAGGGGGGGAAGUCAUGUGGUGUGAUGGUAGUGUUGGUGGUGGUGUUGGUGGUGGGUAUGUGGGAGGUGAAGACGAGCAGUGCAGCACCGAGUGCAGCAGAGUGUAAGGAGGAGACGAGACUUGCGAUUAGUGCAUGCAAGCCAGUGGUGUAUGGGAAGGAUCCCUCACCCGCUUGUUGCGAGAGGGCAAGGGUCACCCAUGUUGAGUGUGUGUGCCCUCUGAUUACUCCUAAGUUGGCUGCCCUUAUAGACGUCAACAAGGCUGUACGCAUCAUCGAAGGUUGUGGAAGGAAGGUCCCUCGUCACUACAAGUGCGGGAGCAUCACCACUCCUUGAAAGAUGAGCCUACUGGGUUUCUGCAUUGCUCGGUACUAAUGGAGAAAAGUAAUGUUAGAAAUUAAAUAACUGGUAUCCUUUAUGGGUUUCCAAGGGCAUGCAUGGUAAUCUGAGUGUGUUUAAUAGCCCUUUAUUGUGAAGCAGCAAGCGUCAUAAUCAAAGUGUCUGCUUUUUCACUUUUUUUAUU